CCCGCGGCCUGCCAUUGGCCUGGCGCGUUGACAUGUUUGGGGGCGGGGGCGGGGGCGGGGGGCGGCCCCUGCCUGGAAGCAGCUGGACUUCCUCCCUCCAGCCGCCUGUCUGGGUCAGUGCGUCGGUCCGUCCCUGGCCCGGUCCUCCACCCAGCAGCUGUCUCUCCCCAGGCCUCUCGCCCCCCUGGGUGGCUGCCAUGGGCCGGAAGAGGAGGCUCAUCACCGACUCCUUCCCCAGAGUGAAGAGGAGGAGGAAGGGCGGGCCGGGUCCUGGCAAGGGGGACAGGGCGCCCGAGCCAGGGCUGCGAGGGGAGGAGCCAGGGGAUGAGGCCAGUGUAGUCCUGGAGGAGAAAAGCCACUUGGAGAUACUGAGGCAAUUUGACCUGGACCUGCAGUUCGGGCCCUGUACAGGUAUCACUCGACUCCAAAGAUGGGAACGAGCAGAGCAUCUGGGCCUGGACCCACCCCAGGAGGUGCUCAAGGUGCUUUGGGCCCACCCUGAAGAUGCCCAGUACCAGUGCAGCCUCUGGUACCUGUACCCCAUCUAAAGGAAGUCCCGCCCCGUGCAUCCCAGCUACUUUCCCAGGGGCCUCUGGAAUGGCCCGGGGACCCCACUGCUGCUUCUUCAAUCCACCCUGUGCGUGCUGGAGGGACCUUUGGGGUGGGAAGACCCUUCCCGAGGAGAGGAGCCCAGGACUGGAGUCUCCUGUUGGAGGUUGGGAGACUCCUCCGCCUGCUCUGCCCCGGUGACUCCGGAAAGUAAGCAGGCUCAGCCGGCAGCCCAGCGGGGCUCAUCAGGAGGGCGGGCUUCCCGUCCCCCAGACAGAAGACCAGCCCCCGCACCUCCCUGUAUCUGGCAUAGCCAGCCCGGCCCCCCACCCCCACCCCCCAUCUGGGUCUAGUUCCGGAGCCCUACAGGGAAGCAGCUCUCCGGCUCAGCCUCGAGAGGGAGGGACCCAAGGAAAGAGCCUGGCUCUGGCCGCCCCACUUCCUUGAUGUGACCGCCCGCCUACCGGGGCUCCUUCCGGGCCCAGCGUGCCUUGGCAGCCAGCCAACCACAACCUGGGAAGAGCCGCAGCCAGCAGGUGCCCAGCCGCGCUCACCUCUGCCUCCUCUCACCCCCUUCAGGAAGGGGCCAGACCUGGAAAAGCACCAGCCCUUCGUCCCGCCAGACUGGCUUUGGGUGCCCUCUAGAGGCCGCGGGGAGAACUCUUCUUUCCUGGUCCUCCAGUUUGUUCCCUGCCCGUCCCCAAAGGUGCCUCCACCUCCUGGGGGUCUGGGUGGCCCCAGAGCUCUUAGAGAUCAGGCCUGGCCGGGGUGGGCAUCGGACCGCACCUUGGGGGAGCCGUGGCUGGCUGGGGGCUCGCUGGAGCUCCAGAGAUCAGCAGCCAGAGGGUAAGCCCCCUGGAGCAGGGGGCCCAGGCUCUCUAAGAAGGGAGCAGGGAGCAGCUCCGGGUUGCCAGGAGGAGGGAGACCCAGGCCCAGGCCCCAGGCUCUGCUCUCCCAGACUCUCAGGGCUGCCAGCCCUCCUCAACGUCCCUGGCCUCAAUGUCCCUGCCUUCCCCAGCCUCUGGGGGACGGAGACUCCCGGGGACGGCUUGCUGGGAAGGCCACUGUCUCUCCCAAGGGUCCUGAGAGUGCCUGCCUUUGGGGACCCCUGAGGUUUGGGCAGGGAGGCAGGGAGGGGAGGGGCCGCUCCAGGAUGGCCCAGGCGAUGCCGGGGAGAGGAGAACCAGCAGCUCCCCCAAAAGAGGCAUCAGAGGAAGUGAGGAGGCAUGAAGGGAGGUGGGAGAAGGAUGACUCUGCCAUUUGCAGGCUGCUCUUCCACUUUUUCAGAGAACUCUGAGGCUCCCUUUUGCAUCUGGCUCCUUGGGGUGGGCCCGCUCACUGCUCUGAUCUGACAAAAAUCCUGGGUCAUCUCCCUGAUGAGCAAACCGAGGCCCUGCGAGGCUAUGUAAUGGGUUUUUUAUUUCACCCACUGUGGACUCAGUGCCACCAAUGAGCCUUGGGUGGGGGAAGGCUCAGGUGCCGGGCUCUGGCCACUUCCCUGGGCAGGAGAGCCAGCACAGGGCUAAGGGAGCUGAGUGGGCUGGGGUGGGGGUGGGGGGCACCGGCUCUCUUCACCCCCAAGCUUGUGACCCCAGCUCAGCUUUGUACCUCAUGGCUGAAAUCUGGGGGCUCCCUUCUUCUGGGAAGGGGGCACCUACUGGGAGCACCUGGGCCGGCAGUGUCACCCCAUUGUCCCUUUUCCAAACACAAAAUGCCCUUGUUUGUAAACCUUUCCUAGCAGCUUGAAAAUAGAAAUAAACAGUGAGAAGAAAAA